AUGAAAGCUGAGAAUUCGAAAGUCACCAAGAGACGUCUGUCUCCAGAAACGCUCGAGGUGAUAUGCCAGCGUGGAAUCGCUCGAGCUGCAGGCAACCGCGAACUAACGUCCGAACUUGCAAAACAAUGCCGACAGACAAGAAAAGAAGAUCUUAAAGAGAGAAGAGCAGCAGUAAUGCUCGAAGCUGAGGAGGACGGGAAAAGCAUUGACAUGCCCAAUAUGAUGACUCCGCUCUGUGUCAUCAUCGGCAAUACCGUAAGCGCAAUAUGCAACGAAGAUUGUAUGACAGGGAUGGGUGAUAAAGCAUUGCCUAUUCCGGCGCAGCACUCGUCAAUUUCAGGAACUCUCACGACCACAAACGUCAUCAUGGCGAAUUGGUCGAGAGAGAUGUGGCAAGCAGUGGUGAACAGAGUGGUUCGAGCUUUCCAAUCAGGUCCCUUUGGAUCGCACUUCUUCUCGGCAUCUGCCACCGUUCAAUGA